CCACGACAACCCCUGGAGACCUGGAACAUCACCACCUUCAGCACCAACUGCAUUGAGGGCACAGCCCGCGGGGUGGUGAUCGCCACCGGGGACCGCACCGUGAUGGGACGCAUCGCGACGCUGGCGUCGGGGCUGGAGGUGGGGAAGACGCCGAUCGCGGUGGAGAUCGAGCACUUCAUCCAGCUCAUCACCGGCGUCGCCGUCUUCCUCGGCAUCUCCUUCUUCAUCCUCUCGCUCAUCCUGGGCUACACGUGGCUGGAGGCCGUCAUCUUCCUCAUCGGCAUCAUCGUGGCCAACGUCCCUGAGGGGCUGCUGGCCACCGUCACC